UCUUCCAGCAGGCAGCGCAGCGGCUCUUCAGCGCGAGCCGUGUAGCGCGCGCUCAAGCCCGGCUCGUUUAUUUCGCAAUUCGUGCGGAGAGGAGUUGAGAAUUUGGACGACGCCAUUUUAUGAAGUCGAAUAUUCACGACGGUGAAGGACAUUUUGGUCGCACGCCGCUGUCACGAGGAGGAAAAUGCCACUUAGUCAACAUCUCUAAGGUUCCUGAGAGGAAAACAGCCCCGGUGCGGAGCGCCAAGCCUUCACUUUUAAAGGAGGUAUGUGUGAUUAGCAGCUACGCAGGAGGGAUCACAAGCUCCAAAACACACGAACUUGUUCUUCACCCACACUGAUUCCAGUCCAGCAGGUGUGAAGAUGAGGAAGUUUGCAUACUGUAAAGUGGUACUGGCUACAUCUCUAGUUUGGGUGAUGCUGGACAUGUUCAUCCUUCUUUACUUCAGCGAGUGCAACAAGUGUGAUGACAAGAAAGAGAGGGGACUCCCAGGGAGAGAAGAGGUGGUCCCAAGGCCUCAUGAAGGUCCUGGUGAAAUGGGGAAGCCGGUGGUGAUUCCCAAAGAGCAGCAGGAGAAGAUGAAGGAGAUGUUUAAGAUCAACCAGUUCAACCUGAUGGCCAGCGAGAUGAUCGCACUCAACCGUUCACUGCCCGACGUUCGGCUUGAAGGAUGUAAAACGAAGGUGUAUCCGGAUGACCUCCCGCGUACCAGCGUGGUCAUAGUGUUCCACAACGAGGCGUGGACGACGUUACUGCGCACUGUGCACAGCGUCAUCAACAGAUCCCCAAGACACCUGCUGGAGGAGGUGGUGCUGGUGGAUGACGCCAGUGAGAGAGACUUCCUGAAGAGGCGUUUGGAGCAGUAUGUGCGGACGUUGGAGGUGCCAGUGCGGAUCGUGCGGAUGGAGCAGCGCUCCGGACUGAUUCGUGCUCGUCUAAAGGGGGCGUUGCUGUCUACCGGUCAGGUCAUCACCUUCCUGGAUGCUCACUGCGAGUGCACUGUGGGCUGGCUGGAACCACUGCUUGCUCGCAUCAAGCAAGACGAACGAACAGUGGUGUGCCCCAUCAUCGACGUGAUCAGCGAUGACACGUUUGAGUACAUGGCGGGCUCGGAUAUGACGUAUGGAGGAUUUAACUGGAAACUGAACUUCCGCUGGUAUCCAGUUCCUCAGAGGGAGAUGGACCGCAGAAAAGGAGACCGAACACUGCCUGUCAGGACUCCUACCAUGGCAGGUGGACUGUUCUCCAUAGACAGAGAUUACUUUGAGGAGAUUGGAACAUACGACUCCGGCAUGGACAUCUGGGGAGGAGAGAACCUAGAGAUCUCCUUCAGGAUCUGGCAGUGUGGUGGGACGCUGGAGAUCGUGACGUGUUCUCACGUGGGACACGUUUUCCGGAAGGCCACGCCAUACACAUUCCCUGGUGGCACAGGCCAGAUCAUCAACAAGAACAACAGACGCCUGGCCGAGGUGUGGAUGGAUGAGUUUAAGAAUUUCUUCUACAUCAUUUCACCUGGAGUGACGAAGGUGGACUACGGGGAUGUCUCAUCCAGGACCGCUUUGAGACAGAAACUGCAGUGCAAACCAUUCUCCUGGUACCUGGAGAACAUCUAUCCCGACUCACAAAUCCCACGCCACUAUUAUUCCCUGGGAGAGAUCCGUAACGCAGAGACUAACCAGUGUCUGGACAACAUGGCACGGAAAGAGAAUGAAAAAGUAGGCAUCUUCAACUGUCAUGGCAUGGGAGGCAACCAGGUUUUCUCUUACACAGCCAAUAAGGAGAUCAGAACAGACGACCUGUGUCUAGAUGUGUCCAAACUGAACGGGCCUGUAAUGAUGCUCAAGUGCCAUCAUCUGAAAGGCAACCAGCUGUGGGAGUACGAUCCUCUGAAGCUGACCCUGGUGCACGUGAACAGUAAUCAGUGUCUGGACAAAGCGUCGGAGGAUGACAGCCAGGUGCCCAGCGUCAGAGACUGCAGCGGCAGCCGCUCACAACAGUGGCUCCUGCGCAACGUUACACUGCCCGAAAUCUUUUGAGCACACAAAGCAUGCACAUGAGGACGUACAGAGAGACGGACGGACGGACACACUCUUCACACCAGCUCUGGUGGAGAAAGAAGAAAAGGAGAGCGAGCGAAGGAGGGAGAAAGAAAGCUGGACGAUCUCUCUACACUAUCCUUUCACUUCCUGAUGGUGUGGUCUUGAGGCAAAGCCAAAAUAACAGACAUACACUUGUACAUGAAUCUCCCCGUCACUCCACUUUACUGACACCCACAACGAGAUGGAGAGAGAGUAGAAAAAGAAGAGACUGUAUUUUAUGCAGAGAAACUUAGGAUCAGUGGCCUUGUCUUCCUUUACGGAGCAGAGGGUGAUUAGGUGAUGUGUUUACCAGUUGCCUCCUUUUUAGAAUAUCAGAAUAUUGUGCGCGCGUGCACCUAUGUGUGUGUGUGUUGCUGAGACAGACAGAAAGACUGUAUGUGGCUACACUGUGGCUUAUUAUUUAAUUCUUUCACCAGUUUAAUGAGCAUUGAGCACAUUCAGAUUGCAACACAUAUCAGUAGCUGCUUCAUGAUCUGUUCUCUGAUUGGUCAUUGUAGGAACGAUGGACUUCCUCUACAGCUUAGCAUCAUCUAUUAGUCGAAUAAAAGGAAAAAAAAAUCACAACCCCAAAGACAAGAAUGAACGAAAUAUGAGAUGAGUGAACAGGGUGACCAUCUUAACAUGAGUUAUGUAGAAUAUUUCAUGUCUUUUUAUAUAUAUAUAUAUAUAUAUAUAUAUAUAUAUAUAUAUAAAUAAUUUUUUUUUUAAACGAAGGCCCUAAAGUCAUUCCUUGAAUUUGGACCAUGUAUGUUUUAAUUUAGUUGCAAUUUGUAACUUUUUAAAAUUUUAUUUUAAUUUUUAAAUGCUAAACAAAGACGUGCCCAGAAGUGGGUUAACCCUGUAAUUUUGCCUUCCUCUUCAUCGAAGCCCCUCUGGUUAGUGGGAACUGCGUUACACAUAAACACAGGGAUUUCGUUCAGGAACGAGGGAGUCGUUAUUCUGUCAUCGAAUCAUACAUCAAUCAUUUAAAAAUUCAAGGGCUUUAGCCUUCCUGUUUGUGUACGUGUGUGUGUGAGAAUAAAUUUAAAUACAGGAUCUAAACAGACAUGUAUUUGAAUUUAUUCUCUCACACAUACUGUGUGUAUGUGUGAGAAAGAGAAUCACGUCUUUUUUUUUUUUUUUUUGUUAAACCUGUGCAAAGGCCAAAAGAGAUUCAGCUAGCAUAUGAAUUAUUUUACAUUUCGUUCAAUUAUUCAUGCAUUUACUUGACUUUUUAUAUUGCUUUGUAAAAUGUGUUGUUUGGUUAAUGUUUUGUGUCUGUACUUUCUCAUAUCAACGGAGGCUGGGGGAAAAAAGAAAAGAAAAUGGGGGGAAAAAAGAAUGCUGCUUAGCACUGGCUGUGGAUAUUUAAAAAGACUCCUUCCCUCUCUGCUUCACCGUUUUUCACCCUCACUAAUCCAGAUAAAGGACAAGCAGAACAGUUCCCCACAAAUACAGACUCAUGGUGGCAUGAUGGAAAGGAAUGAGUGUAAAUGGAUCCUCUUAUCAAGGUGUGUGAGUGUGUGUGAAGGUCAGAGAGGGGCAUCAGAGAGAUCUACCCAUCAACCCACUCCUUCAGUCCCUCAUGGACAACUAGAGUUUACACAGUUUUUCCCCUCGGUUUGAUGUGACCGGGUGUCAUCUCUACAGAGGGGUGUGUGCGUGUGUGUGUGUGUGUGUGUGUGUGAGAGAGAGAGAGAAGCAUGCAUGUGUUAGUGUUUCUAACUGUCAGAGGGAUUUUUUUUUCCUUUUUCUUUAAAGCUGAAUGAUGAUGUGGGUGUGGUCUGAUGAUUCACAGCACACACACACAGCUUGAUCCACAGGCUGGAGAAAUAAACAGAAAGUUUACAGUCCAGCACAUCUGCCGUGACAUGGUCUGUAUUUUUACAUGUUAUGACACACACCCGUACUAGAAGAUUUCAUUCAGACAUUAUGUGAGGAUAUGGUAUGCUGAAGUAUAGAUUACACUGCGAUGAGAUAUCACUCAAAAAUGCACCCACAGAGCAGGCUUCCCCCGAUUAAAAACAGCACAGGAGCCAAUCAACAUACGAUUCAAGAAUACCUCACGGGUGGGUCAGUGUUUCAAACUCUGAUAUCAACUGGUGCCCUUGGAAGUCCCAUCCCCUUCUCUCUUCUCACAGUAGUAGUGUUUUGGAUGUGCUGAGGAAUGUUUUGAGUUCAUUAAUUAAAUUUCAAUGAAAUAAAAUCUAUAAAUCUAUUCAGGAA